CGGGGCCUGACGCCGGGACUCCGCGCGCGCCCCUCGCGCGCCCCCGCGGGCCGUCCCCCCGUCCCGCCCAACCCGCCCCGCAAGUUCCGCGGAGUUGGCCGGACCCGCGCCCCGGGAGCCCCGCGCCGCGCGCGCCUCUUCCGCGUUCCACCGCGGGCCCCACCUGGCGCCCCGGCCGGCCGCUGGGUCCCCGCGCCAUGGCCCGAGCGCCCGGGGCGCGGCGCUGACGGCGGCCGGCGGAGCGCGCCAUGCCCGGCAGGACCGGCCCCAAGAUGGACGGGAGCGGCUGCCGCGUCCGCCUGAAGGCGCACUCCAGCGGGGACAUCCUGAUCACCAGUCUAGACGCAGCGAUGACCUUCGAGGAGCUCUGUGAGGAAGUGAGAGAGAUGUGCAGUCUCCAUCAGGGGCACCCACUCACCCUCAAGUGGGUGGACAAUGAAGGUGACCCCUGCACGGUGUCCUCCCAGAUGGAGCUGGAGGAGGCCUUCCGCCUGGCCUGUCAGCACAGGGACGAAGGGCUCACCAUUCACGUGUUCCCCAGUACCCCCGAGCAGCCAGGCAUGCCGUGUCCCGGAGAAAACAAAUCCAUCUACCGCCGCGGAGCCAGAAGAUGGAGGAAGCUGUACCGCGCCAACGGCCAUCUCUUCCAGGCCAAGCGCUUUAACAGGAGAGCGUACUGUGGCCGGUGCAGCGAGAGGAUAUGGGGCCUCGCGGGGCAGGGCUUCAGGUGCAUCAACUGCAGGCUGCUGGUCCAUAAACGCUGCCACGUGCUCGUCCCGCUGACCUGCAACAGGCAUAUGGAUUCUGUCAUGCCUUCCCAAGAACCCGCAGUAGAUGACAAGGACGACGUGGACCUUCCUCCUGAGAACACCGAUGGAAUUGCUUAUAUUUCUUCAACCCGGAAACAUGACAACAUUAAAGAUGAUUCUGAGGACCUCAAGCCGGUUAUCGACGGGAUGGAUGGAAUCAAAAUAUCUCAGGGGCUCGGCCUGCAGGACUUCGACCUGAUUAGGGUCAUCGGGCGCGGGAGCUACGCCAAAGUGCUCCUGGUGCGGCUGAAGAAGAAUGACCAGAUGUACGCCAUGAAAGUGGUGAAGAAGGAGCUCGUCCACGACGACGAGGUGAGGCCUGAAGAGCAUAACUGGGAGUCAGCGAGUGUGCGUGUGUUUUGUGUGGGGGGAGGGAGCUGCCACCAGGCGAGCUCAAGGCUGUUCCUGGUCAUAGAGUAUGUCAAUGGCGGGGACCUCAUGUUCCACAUGCAGAGACAGAGGAAGCUUCCAGAGGAGCACGCCAGAUUCUACGCCGCUGAGAUCUGUAUUGCGCUCAACUUCUUGCACGAGAGAGGGAUCAUCUACCGGGACCUGAAGCUGGACAACGUCCUUCUCGACGCGGACGGCCACAUCAAGUUAACGGACUACGGCAUGUGCAAGGAAGGCCUGGGCCCUGGCGACACCACCAGCACGUUCUGCGGAACCCCGAACUACAUCGCCCCGGAGAUCCUGCGGGGAGAGGAGUAUGGGUUCAGCGUGGACUGGUGGGCACUGGGCGUCCUGAUGUUUGAAAUGAUGGCCGGGCGCUCCCCCUUUGACAUCAUCACCGACAACCCCGACAUGAACACAGAGGACUACCUUUUUCAAGUAAUCCUGGAGAAGCCCAUCCGGAUCCCCCGAUUCCUCUCGGUGAAAGCCUCCCACGUCUUGAAAGGAUUUUUAAACAAGGACCCCAAAGAGAGGCUCGGCUGCCGGCCACAGACUGGAUUUUCCGAUAUCAAGUCUCACGCGUUCUUCCGCAGCAUCGACUGGGACCUGUUGGAGAAGAAGCAGGCGCUGCCGCCGUUCCAGCCCCAGAUAACCGACGAGUACGGUCUGGACAACUUUGACACCCAGUUCACCAGCGAGCCGGUGCAGCUGACCCCGGAUGACGAGGACGUCAUAAAGAGGAUCGACCAGUCGGAGUUUGAAGGUUUUGAGUACAUCAACCCAUUACUGCUGUCCACCGAGGAGUCCGUGUGAGGCCGUCUUCUGUGUCAUGGACACGUCUGUGAAUGACCCCUUCACUCUAUCCUUAACCACAGCGCAUGCAUGCCAGGCUGGGCGCGGGGCUCCGGGCGCGGCCAGCGAGGGGCCCUCGCCGCCAAGGCCGCGGACAGGGGCGGACGGGUCUCGCGUCUGGGCCCGCACGGCCGGCUUCGUGCUGGAGGAACCUGCUUCUUGUGCCUGCGCCGCGGAGGAGCCGCGGUGACCGUGUCCGAGGGACAAACUGCCCCACGAUUUCGAAGGUGCACACUUUCCACAGAAACAGAACUGACCUGCUCCGCCAGGAGAGUUAGCCUGUAACGUCCUGAGGAAUAAAAUGUGCCCAUGAUGUCGAA